AUGUACUCGACCAAGGAGCUCGAGUAUCUCGCCUCGAUGCAAGGCUCCCAAGACGAGGUCCCCAUGGACCAACACACUUUCGCCAACCAAGCACAAGCCAGUAGCAACGACAACAACGGCUGGGACGAUAUUGACGGCGCCACCGUCCGCAACCUCCCUGCCUCGCAUGUCCAAGGCACCAUGAACCAACGCGCUUUCGCCCAUCAAGCACCUGUCGACAGCGGCGACCCUGAAUGGAAUAACGGCACCUGGGAUUACGGCGCCACCAUUCGAAACCUCGCGGCUUCUCAAGUCCAGGCUCCCCUGAUGCAAGGCACGAUAAUUUCCGAGAAUGGAGUCAACGGCGGCGAUAACGACAAUGACAACGACUGGAAUGACGGCGCCAGUGUCCGAAACCUUGCAGACUAUCCAGUUCAAGUCCCCGUGUCUCAAGACACUUUCGCCCACGAAGCACCAGUCUACGUUUACGACGACAACGAGGCCGCCACCAUUCGCAGGCUCGCGGUCUCCCAAGUCCUCUUAGCCUCGCGGAUUCGAGCAGCGCUGAUGCCGCAAAAUACAGUUGGCGGCCACAACAACGACGACAACUGGAACGAUACUGCCGGCGCCACCGUCCAAAACUCUAAUUACCAUGCCGGUUCCGAUCAUUAUUCAGGAUAUCCCAAUCUCAACCAAGAACAAGGUUACGACACCAUCAACAAUCAGGGCGUCUUGAUUCCAGGCCUCGAUGACGAUUACGACGGACCAUCACUCUCUCACUUCGCCAACGGAGAGCCAACGACAACCCACGCGCACCCCGAACCAACCGUGCAAACACUCGAGAACGAAUUCGAUAGACUAUCUCUCUCCACAGCUCACUUCCCCAACGCAGAACUAACCCGCGACCCUCCCGAAGAGACCCCAUACCACAGACCCAUUCUGGCAGCCUACCUUCGAGACCUAAACGCCAUCCUCGAAAAAGCCAGUACACAGGCCGACUUCAUCCCAGUGGACUACCUCCGCGAGAUGCGUUGUUUCGCUACCAAAGUUGAGUUCGUGGACAUGAGCUAUAAUCUAGUCUUGGACUUCAACCCGCGCUUCUUCGACCCGAUGGAUCGGGGCCAGCUUACGAGACAUAGACCGGCAUCGAGCAGGCCCACUUACCCAAUCAUGGAUCUGCCGUGGCCGUCGUGGCCGAAGCGGGGUGAGAUUUCGCCCGUUAAAGAGAAGGAGGUGGCUUUGUUUACAGCCACUGGUGGUAGUGCCCUAACCAUGAAAGCCACACACGGGGACUACUACACGACAUACAAUUACAGCCCAUCUGUACCCGCCGGGGUCGAGCCAACCCCGCUGCAACUCGCCCGCGCAAGACAGGAGCGCGUGCAUGAGUUUAUUAAUAUUAAGCGGUGCAUCAGGCGCAUCGAGGGGCCUGCACAUGGUGUUGAGGCUCUGGGGACGUUGAUGGAUCGGGCGGCGAGGUAUAUGGAGUAUAGGACCGCAGCAUCCUACCUCCCCGAAACCCCCACCAGGGAUGAGGCCGCGCUCAUCAACCUCCACCCAGACUUCCUAACAACAACAUGCAUCUCGCCCUUCUACACAAACUACACGCCGCCAGCCUCAGCAUAUACCUCAGCGCAAACGCCCCUCGAAUGCAACGGGGCCGUCGAAUCGCGGGACCCGUCUACACCGUACACGAUCAUCCCGCUCCGCCUGGGCGCCGAACCAUAUGAGGAUGCCGUGGGUGUAGGCGAACUACGUGUGGCUGUUCGUGCGAUGCUCUUCAAGUUGCUUUGGGAGGGCGAGAGUGAUUUGUGGCUUUUCCCGGUGCUGAUCGUAACCUACUUCCCCCGCCACGCCCGCAUAAUCCAAAUCCACCCCACGAUCAACGCAUCCGACCGCCAUCGUGCUCGGAAUCAUCCGCUCGCGCAGCUGAACAUCCAGUACUCGCCGCUCUUUGAUCUCACAGAGUGUCGUGUGCCGAUUAGUCUUUUCGCGCGGUAUACGCUUGCCAGGCCGAUUCCGUGGGCGUGGAGGGUUAGGGGGUCUGUUCCGAAUCAGCGUUAG